AUGCCUUCUUUCACACAGAUGAAAUCACGAAAUGUCCAAAUCAGGAUUACAAACUUUAGAAAGAUCAAGGAUUUUUUGCAAAAGGAACAUGCGAUGAUUGCAAAUGAUAUUGACCAAAUUGAAAAAUACAUUUCAUAUGAAGGAAUUGAAGAGCUAAUUAUGUUGAACCCUUUACUGGAAAAAAUAGCCAAAACAGUAGAUUCAACAAAAGGUGACAACUUUGAUGAACAUACGAUGCAUGCAUUACAACAGAUGAUUUCGAUAUGUUGUCAAUAUUUUUUGGAUGAAUUUCCCUUUGGGUCAAUUUUAAGACAACUUUUGAGGUUGUGUGGAGUGUUAAUAAGUUGCAUAUGGCACGCACAUGGAAUUGAUAAACUCUUUUGCACUUUUCUUAGUGACAGCGACAAAUAUUAUCAAUUAGCUAUCCAAAAAGAUGUACGCUGUUUACAACGAGUUGCCUUUCUUUUGCACGAAAUUGAAAGAUGUGAAAAUAUACAGGAAAAACAUAUUUCCUACAUAAUGAACAAAGACAGGUUUUUGGUUGAAUUGAGAAGUCUAGCAUCGUUACGAGAAACUGCAAAAGCAACCCAUCACCCUCAGAUGAUGGUUACAAGUUUGAAAGUAAGCAUACUUCAACUAGCGGUCAUGUGGCAAAAGUUUGCUAUCACUCUAUACCCUGGUCAUAGUGAUAACUAUGCUAAAAAACUAAGGCAGAUCAUCCAAUCGGAAAUGACUGAAGACGUAUGUUUGAUUAAUAAGUUUAAUGAGAAAAGACAAUGCCAGAGAUGUACAAAAAUCGCUGUAGAUAUGUGGGUUGUUGAUGACUACGUUUCGUGUUUGGGGUGUGAUUUACCAAACGACAGGGAAAGACGGACGAGAAGAAACCUAAAAAAGAUGUUUCUGGUGGUUGUCCCGUUACUUAAAAGAAUAUUCCAACGUAGUCCGGAGAGAUACACGCAACUCGAUAACCCAAAUUAAAAGCCAAGAGAGGAAGACGCACUUUUCUCUCUAUUCUUCGAAUUCUGUUUAUUACAUGUGUGCCUAGGACAAAAUGUUAUUACAUGUUUACAGUUAGUAAAAGUAUACCGACUAGGGUGUAUUUUAGAUAGGGCUUUUAGUAAAAGUUCAAAGGUUGUUAUGGCAUCCAUUUAUCCUCCGGAUCCUUUAAUAUUUCAGAAUAGUAUACAAUAAGUCGUUUAAAUUCAAAUUUUUGACAAUGAUAAUGAUUUAUCUACUUUCAAGGCAUUUGCUUCAUCCGCGUCUGUAGAACAGUCGAUAUUUCUAGUAACUUCAAAUACACAAAAUCAAAUUGAAUCGCAGUGUCGUGUUCUGCAAUGUAUAUCAAUCGACUUUCUGUUUUACAGCAGGAAAGCCCUGUUUAUCAGUUGACCUUGACCAAUGAUAUUAUAUACAUAUAUUUUUUCCUUGUCGUCUACGC